CAAAACAAAUAAGUUGAAGAAAAUCUUGGAGAAGAAGACCAGCAUUUUAAUUUCCAUAGGCCAAAAAAGAAAGCAAAAAAUUCUGUAUAAUUUUCAUUUUCGAUUAAAAAAAUAAUUGUGAAUAACUACCUCCCAAGACGGAACUCUCACUUUAGCCCGAAAUAAAACCAACACGUCACACCCGAAAAUGCUCAAAACCUUAGCCACCAUCUCCACCACUUCACCACUCAUCUCCACCGCCAUAACCACCCCUAAACUCUCUCUCUCUAAGCCCUUCCUUUCUCUCUCUCAACUCCAAAACAAACCCACCUCCCCCUUCCCACAAACCCACAGACCCAUCUCUUUCAACAAGCCCCACAUGAACCUCCUCAACAAGCUCGGCUUCGGCCCAAAGACCUCCGACCCCACCUCCGAUUCUUCCUCCAUCCCUCUGGGCCCAGACGACGACGUUCCGGCGCCAGGUCAGCAGUUCGCCCAGUUUGGAGCCGGGUGCUUCUGGGGUGUCGAGUUGGCCUUUCAGCGAAUACCUGGCGUGACCAAGACAGAGGUUGGGUACACCCAAGGGUUCUUGCACAACCCGACUUACGAGGACGUGUGUACGGGCACCACCAACCACUCUGAGGUCGUGAGAGUGCAAUACGAUCCUAAAGAGUGUAACUUUGAGACUCUGCUUGAUCUCUUCUGGUCCAGGCAUGACCCCACCACGCUCAAUCGCCAGGGGAAUGAUGUGGGAACACAGUACAGAUCUGGAAUAUACUUCUAUACACCUGAGCAAGAGAAGACAGCACAAGAAUCCUUGGAACAACACCAGAAGAAAAUGAACCGAAAGAUUGUUACAGAAAUUCUUCCGGCCAAGAAGUUCUACCGAGCAGAGGAGUAUCAUCAGCAGUACCUUGCUAAAGGGGGCCGUUUUGGUUUUAAGCAAUCUACUGAGAAAGGAUGCAAUGAUCCAAUCCGAUGCUAUGGCUAAUUUAUUUGCUACUGCCUUGAAAGUAAAACCGUACAAGCCAUACCCGGUAUUGUUCGUAGGUUGGUGCUUUUGUCCAUAUGGGUGACUUGUAACUAGCUUUUACAUACUCUGUCUAGUAAGUAAGCAUGGUGUUUCCAUGUUGUGAGCUUGGAUCUGCAAUAAAUUGUAGUGCUGUAUGAACCUCAUCUACCACCAUUGGAAAAUUUGGAACUUAGCUGUUGUCUCCACUGUUUUGUUUUAGUUCUGUCUGGCAA